CGCGCACUCGCUCACGCUCCCCCUCGCGCACACACAUGGUCGGCUCGCAGCAAAGUUUCGCCUGCGAUCGCCUCUCCGGGAUCCUGCCGCAGUGCUCCGGACUGUAACCUUGAACUUUCCCAGUGCGGUGACACAUUCUCUUCGCUCUCCCUCCCGCUCUCUCUCCUGCACCCCCCUCCCCGCCUUUUUUAAAAAAGCAUUUCACCACCAACCACCACCCCAAUCCAACCCACACCGAACCUUUGCGCACCCCCUAGCCCCCAACAACAACUGCAAAACAGAAAACAAAUCCCCAAACCCAGGCGAAAGGCAGCCAACACCGGCAGCGGCGACGGCGGCGGCCUCGGCGAGCACGGCCAGCGCGCUCGGACUGCAAGAGGGUUAAAAGUGUAGAUUGGAUUUCACCCCGGGAAAUCUAGCACGCCGAGUGAACUUGAAUCUUUGGCUAUUUAAGGAGGACUGGGUUUGUUGUGAAGUUGCGGUGAUCCAGCGCAGAGCCCCGUCCUGAUUGAUCGCACCGCGGGUCUCAGACGACUGUAAAAUGAAUAGAUGAAAUUCUUGCUUCUCGAAGAUUUUCUUGGGCAUCUCCGGGAAAGUGCGUUUUAAGGCGAAGUCAUGAUGUAUUCUCCCAUCUGUCUCACUCAGGAUGAAUUUCACCCAUUCAUCGAGGCACUACUUCCACAUGUCCGUGCAAUCGCCUAUACUUGGUUCAACCUGCAGGCUCGAAAACGCAAGUACUUUAAAAAGCAUGAGAAGCGAAUGUCAAAAGAUGAAGAAAGAGCAGUCAAAGAUGAGCUUCUCAGCGAAAAGCCUGAAAUCAAACAGAAGUGGGCAUCCAGGCUCCUGGCCAAACUGCGCAAAGAUAUCCGCCAGGAGUACCGAGAGGACUUUGUGCUCACCGUGACUGGCAAGAAGCACCCGUGCUGUGUCUUAUCCAAUCCUGACCAGAAGGGUAAGAUUAGGAGAAUCGACUGCCUGCGACAGGCAGACAAAGUCUGGCGUCUGGAUCUAGUCAUGGUGAUCCUGUUCAAAGGCAUCCCCUUGGAAAGUACCGAUGGAGAACGGCUCAUGAAAUCCCCACAUUGCACAAACCCAGCACUUUGUGUCCAGCCACAUCAUAUCACAGUAUCAGUUAAGGAGCUUGAUUUGUUUUUGGCAUACUACGUGCAGGAGCAAGAUUCUGGACAAUCAGGAAGUCCAAGCCACAAUGAUCCUGCCAAGAAUCCUCCAGGUUACCUUGAGGAUAGUUUUGUAAAAUCUGGAGUCUUCAAUGUAUCAGAACUCGUGAGGGUAUCCAGAACGCCCAUAACCCAGGGAACUGGAGUCAACUUUCCAAUUGGAGAAAUUCCAAGCCAACCGUACUAUCAUGACAUGAACUCGGGGGUCAAUCUUCAGCGGUCGCUGUCUUCUCCACCAAGCAGCAAAAGACCCAAAACUAUAUCCAUAGAUGAAAAUAUGGAACCAAGUCCUACAGGAGACUUUUAUCCCUCUCCGAAUUCACCCGCUGCUGGAAGUCGAACAUGGCAUGAAAGAGAUCAAGAUAUGUCUUCUCCGACUACUAUGAAGAAGCCUGAAAAGCCAUUGUUCAGCUCUACAUCUCCACAGGAUUCUUCCCCAAGGUUGAGCACUUUCCCCCAGCACCAUCAUCCCGGAAUACCUGGAGUUGCACACAGUGUCAUCUCAACUCGAACUCCACCUCCACCCUCACCGUUGCCAUUUCCAACACAAGCUAUUCUUCCUCCAGCCCCAUCGAGCUACUUUUCUCAUCCAACAAUCCGAUAUCCGCCCCACCUGAAUCCUCAGGAUACUCUGAAGAACUAUGUACCUUCUUAUGACCCAUCCAGUCCGCAAACCAGCCAGCCUAACAGCAGUGGUCAAGUAGUAGGGAAAGUGCCUGGCCAUUUCACUCCUGUCUUGGCACCCUCUCCCCAUCCCAGUGCAGUGCGACCUGUGACCCUCACCAUGACAGAUACUAAACCCAUCACUACAUCCACUGAAGGUGAGGCAGCUUCACCUACAGCAACCACCUACACAGCCUCAGGCACAUCUCAAGCCAAUCGAUAUGUGGGACUAAGUCCAAGAGACCCAUCCUUCCUACAUCAGCAACAGCUGAGGAUUUGUGACUGGACCAUGAAUCAAAACGGCAGGCAUUUAUACCCCAGUACCAGUGAGGAUACAUUGGGAAUUACUUGGCAAAGUCCUGGUACCUGGGCUAGCUUGGUUCCUUUCCAAGUAUCAAAUAGGACACCCAUCCUACCGGCAAAUGUCCAAAAUUACAGUUUGAACAUAAUUGGAGAACCUUUCCUUCAAGCAGAAACGAGCAACUGAGGGAAAAUGAAAUACAACAGUAGUUUAAGAAAUUAAAAAAAAAAAAAAAAAAGGAAAAGAGGAAGACUGGACAAAACAAAACAAACAAAAAGGGAGAAAGGAAAGAAACUGAAGAAAGAAGAUAAUAGACCAGCAAUUGCAGCACUUACAAUCACUAAUUCCCUUAAGGUUGAAACUGUAAUUACAUAAAAAGGGUCGAUGAUAUUUCACUGAUGGUAGAUCGCAGCCCCUGCAACGUAGCCUUUGUUACAUGAAGUCCGCUGGGAAAUAGAUGUUCUGUCUCUAUGACAAUAUAUUUUAACUGACUUUCUAGAUGCCUUAAUAUUUGCAUGAUAAGCUAGUUUUAUUGGUUUAGUAUUCUUGUUGUUUACGCAUGGAAUCACUAUUCCUGGUUAUUUCACCAACGAAGGCUAGGAGGCGGCAUCAGAGGUGCUGGGUGACAGAGCCAUGAGCCAGCCAUUUUAUAAGCACUCUGAUUUCUAAAAGUUAAAAAAUAUAUAUAUAAAAUCUCUGUAGCCUUUAGUUAUCAGUACAGAUUUAUUAAAUUUUGGCCCUUAACCCAGCCUUUUCCAGUGUGUAACCCAGUUUGAAAUCUUUAAAAAAAAAGAAAAAAAAAAGAAAAAAAGAAAAAAGGAAAAAAAAACAGUUUGAACACAAAGGCUCUAUGGAAGAAAUGCCUCUAUGUAGGUGAAGUGUUAUCUCUGCAUGCAACAGUAAAAAUUAAUAUAAUAUUUUCCCCACAAAAGAAACACUUAACAGAGGCAAGUGCAAUUUAUAAAUUUAUAUCUAAAGGGGAAUCAUGAUUAUAAGUCCUUCAGCCCUUGGACUCUAAAUUGAGGGGAUUAAAAAAGAAUUUAAAAUAAUUUUGAACGAAUUUAUUUUCCCCUCAGUUUUUGAGGGCUUUAAAAAGGCAUUAAAUCAAGACAAAUCAUGUGCUUGAGGAAAAAAAAAAUUAAUGAAAACAGCACUUAUGUUGGUUUAGCUGCAGCCUCCUUGGAGGUAGAAUUUAUUUAUUUAAAAUUACUGGUUGCAUCAAGAACCCAUAGGGUAUACAAAAGGUUCUAUAAAAUCUGCAUUAUAGAGACAGAGGCAGGCAAAUCCAUGUCACAGGGGUAAAGCUUACAGUUUACAAACUGGGAACGCCAGGGUGUAGGAUAUAAAAACGCACUCUUGAGAAAACAAAUGUAAUCAGGGUGCUGAAAACUUGCAUGGUGCUUUCAGACAUUAGCCUUGUUAAACAAAUUUCUUGUAUUGACAGAUCUGUAGUGUGCAUGGGCAGACACAUUUUGCCUCUAUGUCUCUUAAAAUUUUAAUUAAAAAUACUCUUUCCAGUAAUCCUAAUUUGCACGAAGAUAUAAUGUCCACAUUACGUGCCUUGCCUUGAAAUCUAAAAAACAAAAAAAAAAACAAAAAAAUCAAAAAAGUGACAUCACUACACUUGUUUUGCUGCAUUUAUUAUCAUUUUAAAUCUUUACCAUUUUUAUGACAAAAUAUUUUGUACUCCAGACGAAGAAAAAUGUGUGACAUCAUGGAUUUUUUAGACAGUUAUACCUUUAUCUCACAUUUAUAAAGCAUAUCAUGGCUGUGUAUAGUUGCCGCUUAAAAAUUGUAAUCGACCAGCAAUAUUUUCAGUAUUUUGGUGUUUUUUCUAUUAACCUUUCAUGUUUUUCAUCUUCCAAUUAAUAUUUGGGGGGGUGGGGUUUCAAAUUUAUACGAAUUAUGCAAUACCAAGUUUUGCCUAUGUAGGUAGUGCUUUUAGCUGUAUUGGUUAUUAUAGGUAAGUACACAGAUUUAAAAAAAAAUAAUGUAUGCUUUUUUUUGUUUGUUUGUUUUAAUUGACCAAAGUGGGUACUGCUAUUUUUGCAGUGUGAUGAGGUCCUUUUGUGUACUGAGAGAUGGACAGGGGAUUUUUUUUUAAUAUACAUAUAUAUAUAUUCUGGGGUGGGUGGGAGGAUUUUGAACACUUUACAGUGUAGCUGUGAAGCAGUGCACCCCGAGAUGGGCCUGGGCUGCAAAGCGACUGUUCUGCCUACUGUGACAAACUUCAACUUACACAGGUUCCCCCUUCUCUAAUUUCCCACCUGGGGUGCAAGCUGAACUCAUUUCUGGUUUUCAUGACAACAAAAAUAGUAAGAACAAAUAAACACAACAAAUUCUCCUGGAGGCAGACUUGGCUUAAAACAAACUGUCUUAUUUUUAAUUUGUUUUUUUUUUUUUUUUUUUUGGUGGUGGUGGUGGUAGUUUUUCUUGAGAGUUUCAGAUCCACAGUGGAGAGUGAGCCUGUCUCAUAUUUGGCAAAGGUAUUUGUUCAAAUGUCCUCAUAGCGGAUGUUUCACACUUUGGGGGUUUAACAUAGGAGUAUACUUUCUUCUAUAAAACACAUCAUCCCAGCUGGAAGGAAUGCUCCCAUAUUCUUUUCCCCACCACUUCUUUUCUCCAUUUCUUCAUUUCAUCAAUGAUAAUAUAUGAUUUACCUGUGACUCACUACUUCAAAUAGAUGGCAGUACUCUUUGAAUUUUCUUUUUUAUACAUCCAGAAGAUUAAACAGAGGGUUGCUAUUAUUAAAUAUAUUUGGACUUACAGAUUAAAAUCAAAGUUCAAUUUUUAUGGAACAAAAAAAUAAAUCUUGUUACGUUUUCAUUUUUCUCUACCCUUUUAAACUGAGAACUACAGCAGAAGGGAAAUAUAGAAUUUUAAGAAAUUAAUGUUCCUGUGGAUGAAUUAAGCCCAUUAGAUGCUGAUGGUAUUUUUUAAGGGGUGGUACCUCAAAUAUAUAUUUGAUUUAGUUUCCUCUGAGGCAUAGAGGGUGAAUGGAGAUUGAUUUUAUUUUGCCACCCCCCACUCCGAGUCCCAUUGAGAGAAUUCAUUACUAGAAGGAAAAUCUUUCAGAAUUAGUGACACAUGGGGGCAUGUCUUGAGGAGCCCCAUGACCUCUUCUUCCAGGCCAUGGCCUAAUAAAGUAAACUGUCCAUUGUCCUCACAGCAUAUCAUUUAAUAAUGAAUAAUUUGGAACAAAGCUUAUAGGCCUGAGAAUUGGUUUUGAUUAGCCCAUUCAGUUUGAUAGCCCAAAUGCUGAAUAGCACAGCAGGAUCCAAGCAGCGCAAGUUCAAAAGUAAGUCCAAUCAUACUUGCUCUGUAUCAUCUCAGCCAAGCUCUUCAUGUAUCUUUAACCUAUUAGGUGAACACGUCAACCUCACAGGACAUGCAGUAUUUUUUAAGAGCAGACUCGCUCUCUUUUUUUUUUUUACCAGUGAAUGAGCAGUUCUAGCUAAAUAAGUUACACACUGUGGGUAUUCCUGCCUGCCUCUUGAAUACAAAGGCCUAGUUCAAGUGUUGCUUUUUAUUUUUUCAAUCAAAUUUUUCUCCUUUCCUUUUGAAAUAAAACUAUUAAAAACACCAUAUAUAUAUAUAUAUAUAUAUAUAUAUAUAUAUAUAUAUAUAUAUAUAUAUAAUCAAAUCCAUUUUUCGGCCUCCUCCUCUUUUACCAGGAAGUAUAUUCUCACCAAGGGCCCCACUUUUGCAGGUCUUGCACGCCCCUCCCUUACCCAGAACUGCAGAGCUUCAGGAUGGUGAAGGUCACCCAAGGGCAUCAGUACGGGGCGUGUCUCCAGCCCCCCAGUCCCGUGGCACUGUUCAGCUUUUGUUACGUUGCUUUGCAGCCCACCACUCACAGUGCCUCUGAAAUGUUUCCUCUGGAGUGACAUGAGCGUUUGAGGCUUGUCUAAGGAAAAUAAAUAAAAGGCAGUGAAGGAGACUGUACAUAAAGACAUGGCAAAAAUCUUAAUUAUAGCAAUAUAGUUAUGGGGUAAUGUUCGGGUGGGCAGCUCCAUUAAAAAAAAAAAUAUGUGAAUGAAUCUGUGAAGCUGCAAGUAGCAAGAAGAGCGAAAGGUCUUCUUAAUGAACCGCCUACCUUGUAGACAGUAAUUUGUACACUGUAUAGUUUUGUUAAGAAUUUUUUUUAAAUUAAAAUUCCCAUGUUUGUAAAGCUAACUUUUUAACAAUUAUAAUGGAACUAUAUGUUGUUUCCAUUUUUAAAGUAAGCAAGAAUAUUCCUUGUUUAGAGACUGGACUUGAGUUAAAACUCUCCUGUCUCUUAAGUUAUGUAUUAAAAAAAAGAAAAAAUCUGUCCAUGUUAGGAGUUAUUUCACAGAUUUCCUGUGCUUGAAAAGCAUAGGGUACUAAUCCUUUAAAAAAGUGUAAAUGGAGAAAAGUUAUAUUUUAUGAAGGUUAUUUUGUUGUAUUUAGUAUUGGGAAAGUUGGUUUUCAGAGCAUUUCAGAAUGUCAGAAGCACCACUGUCUUUUUAUUAGUAUAUACGGCCUUUAGCAAAAGUUUUUGUGAUUGUUACGUGAUGGUAUUUAAGGUUAAGUUUCACAGAGCAUUCAGGAUAGGCAGACAACGAAAACAGUGCUAUGUCUCACUAACGCGUCCUCAGGGAGCAGAAUCGUGGAUUUGUGACUUGUAGCUUCAUAAGGACUCAACAAAAGAGAUUGCACAGGAACAUCUUCAGCGGUGUGACACCAGGACAUGUUCUUUACUGAGAUUGAAAAUCUAUGUACUGUGUGAAACGAUGAAGGCUGCAGAAAGUUAUCCCAUAUUCAGUGUACAGUAUUCAUUUUUAAUGAAACAACUCUACAAUAUUGCUGGCAGAUAGGCCUCAAGCAUGACAUUCAAUAGAGUUUACAUGUUCCUGUCAAGGUCUUUUGUUAACAUUAACCAGCUGCAUGCUUCCUGGACUUUAAAAAAUUGGGUUUCUAUAGAAAAAAUUUUUUUUUUGAAUGUGCAGGCUAUUCAAGUUCAAUAGUAAAAGCUCAAAAUUGAAUGUUCUCUAUUCCAUGCUGAAGGAGCUGAAAGCUGCCUUCUUCAUAUUUUGCACUUUCUGGUAGUUCCCCUGUUUUUCCCAAUUCCUUAAAAAUUGUGUGGGUGGGGUGGAGCACUGCAGUUGGGGGGUGACAUGGACCACUGAUUUUGCCCUUUGACCCUGCACAAUGACCUUUGCAUCAGCCAAACUCAUUGCCAUGACAACUCUUUGUACUGUGUCCGUGCCACAGAUCUGUUGGUUACAUUGUUAAUAGUAAAGGGGACAAGUUGGAGACGGUCAAUUUUUACAUUUUUUUGUUGCAAUUUUUUUUCUUCAAUGGUUGUAAGUAGUUUUUUUUUUUUUAAAUAAUAAG